AUGGCGGAGAGGGCGAAAUCUUCCCCCGGCUCUGGCUGGGGCGGAGUCUCCCUCCAGCUGCCCACCUUCUCCUCCUUCCCCGCAACUUCCGCCACACCCACCCCGCAGCCCUCCGCGCAAACCCCCUCGACCGCGCUGGCGGGAAUGGCUUCCGCCUUCCAGUCCUUCGGCUCCGCCUUCCAGUCCUUCGCGGGCACAGUCGCCUCCGCUAUGCCCCCCGUGUCCCCCCAGGGGAAGGCGCAGCCCGGCGGGCGGGGCGCGGGGGGGCACGCGGACGGCGAGCGCGUGCAGGAGUUCCUGCAGGAGCUCUCCGCCAAGUCGCAGCGAGGGGUUGGGGGCGGUGAGGAGGUGUACGACCCGGCGAUGCUGACGGACGACAAGAAGCAGUGGAAGGAGCUGCAAUCCGUGAACAGUGUACGGCUGUCGCUCCCCUUCCCCCUCCCAGUGCGCGCAGCAGCAGGGCGCACUACAAGCGCCCUCCACUCCAGCUCACUCGCCCCUGCCUCACUCCCCAUGCCUCCUCACCACGCCUCUCCUCUCCUCUCCUGCUCUCCCCACCUCCGCCGCUGCUCCCUCCCCCUCUUUAGCCUCUCUUCCACUCGCUCUCUCAUUCUCUCCCCGUGUCCUCACCCUGUCUCCUGUCUCCCUGUCUGCGCCCCCCUCUUCUGUGCAGCACAACCGACUGCUGGGAGCCGACACAUGUAUCGACCAUCUUGUGGUGGUGGGGCUGCACUGCACCCCAACGCGGAUCUCAGUAGCCCCUCAUCCCACCCUCUUUCUCCCCACUCCCUCUCCCCCAUUGUUCCUCCCCCACAGCGCAACCGGUUGUUAGAAGCCGACACAUUAACCGAUCACUUGGUGGUGGUGGGGCUGCAUCCCAAGGCGGACCUCAAGAGAUGCCCUUGCAACAACCCACUCUUCUCCUUUCUCCCCAUGUGUGUGUGUGUGCAGCGCAAUCGCCUAUUGGAAGCGGACACAUUCAUAGACCACUUCGUGGUGGUGGGGCUGCACCCCGAGGCGGACCUCAGCGCCGUGGAGGCGGCCUUCGCCACGCAUAAGCGCGGGCAGCUCAACGGCACCAUCAGUGACGCGCUGCCGCCGCCUGCUGUCAAUCUAGAUGCGCAGGUGAGCUAUGCUGCUGCUGGGUUGCUGGGUGCCGUGGAGGCGGCCUUCGCCACGCACAAGCGCGGGCAGCUCAACGGCACCAUCAGUGACGCGCUGCCGCCACCUGCUGUGAACCUAGAUGCCCAGGUAUGCUGUGCUGCUGGGGUGGUCUGCUGUCAACCACCACAAGCGGGCGGGCAGCUCAACGGGACCGUCAGUGACUCCGUGCCGCCGCCCGCUGUUAACCUAGAUGCCCAGCUGCUGUACAAGUACCCGCCACGAAAGAAGCUUGCUCUCUCGCCCUCCGACCUGCCAGGCUUCUGCUUCCCAAACGGUGUUGAGGCGAGGUGCAUGGAGAAGACACCGUCCAUGAAGGGCUUCCACCAGUCCAUCUACGGCCAGGCCUACCAGACGGCGGACGACAAUGCAUACGUGUUCCUCCUGGCAGUGGACGACAACGCCACGCUGUACGGGGUGUGCAUGGUGGUGCACGAGGUCGUGCAGCGCCCGCCCUCCGUGCUCGCCAUGAACAACGCCCUGCACGGCCCCAAGCCCGCCGGCCUGCCCUCCAAGUACCUUGUGACGGCACCGCGCUGCUACUGCUUCCUGACCCGCCUGCCGUUCUUCGACCUGCACUUUGAGGAGCAACUAGACCACAUGAAGCAGCACAUGCGGAGCAUCAACGCCAGCAGCGCAUGCCAUCUCUCUUCCCACCCGUGCACCACCUCUCGACACCCGUGCACCACCUCUCGACACCCGUCCACCCCUCCCUGCCACCUUUCUCUCCCCACAUCACCCCCCCACCCCUUCCCCAGCAUCCUGGUGCAGGAGCGCCUGGACCACAUGAAGCAGCACAUGCGGCGCAUCAACGCAGGGGGCAUCCAAGCCAUGCGACGGGGGGGCUUUCACAGCGACGACGACGACGAUGACGACGAUGACGAUGACGAUGGCAUGGGCAUGGGCGCGGGUGGGAAGUCAUUUCGAGGCAAGAAGAAGAAGGAGAAGGAUCCGAUGUCGUUCGCUGUGCCGGUUUCCACGCUCGCCCCGGCCCACUCCUUCUCUCGCUCGCCGUCGUCGCGGCGGCUGCAGGGCGUGAUGAAGCUGAAGGGGGAGGCGGAGCAGCAGGUGGGACGGCGGAGCUUUAAGAGCUUAAGGGGCCUGUCGAAUGUGAAGGGGCUGCAGGGGUUUAUUGCCCAGCUGCAGGCGGAGCAGCGUGGGGAGGAGGGGAAGGGGGGUGGGGAGGGGGAGGAGAUGGCGGAAGGGAGGAUUGAGGAGGGCGAGGAGGGAGAAGAGGGGGAGGAGGGGGAGGAGGGGGAGCAGAGCAGUUUUGCGGAGGGGGAGGAGGAGGGGGAGGGUGAGGGGGAGUGGGAAGGCAAGGAGGAAGAGCAGGAUGAGGACGAGGAGAUGGAAGCGGGUAUGGCUGAGGGGAGUGAGGAGGAGGCGGGGGAGGGCGAGCAUGAGGAGCAAGAGGAGGAGGAAGCGGGAGAGGGAGAAGAAGAGGAGGAAGACAAUGACGAUGAGGAGUUUUCUAUGAGGCAGGCAGUGCGGCGGGGCCGGCUAAUGGUGCCGAAGGAGCUGCUGCAAGCACACGAGGAGGAGGCGGGGCGGGCGGGCGCCGGCAGUAUGUGGCGUUCGGAUAGCAUUGGGUAUGGCAUGGGGGACGAUGAGGUGGAUGGGGAACUCAAAGAGCAUGUGCGGGAGUUGCUGGGGGAGCUUGUGGGCGGCGCUGGGGAGGACGAGGAGGAGGAGGGAGAGGGGGAGGAGGGAGAGGAGGGAGGGGAGGGGAACGUGCAUAUGGAGGGGGGUUUUACGUUCAUAGCGGGUGUGCUGAAGCGGAGCUAUCGGGAGCUGGGGCGGGAGUGGGGUGAGGAGGGCUGUGAGGAGGAGAGGCAGGGCGCGGGUGGCAAGGCCGCCAAGAGCCCUAGAGCUCCCAAAAGCCCCAAGAGUGGCAAAAGCCCGAAAAGCCCUAGGAAUGGCAAGAGCCCUAGGAAUGGCAAGAUCCCUAGGGAGAGGAGUGGGUGUGAGGAUGGGGUGGGUGGCAGGGAGGCGGGUGUGGGGGACGAGGGGAAGGUUCGGGCGUCGUCACGGCGGCGCAAGACAGUGUUGUUUGGGGAAGCGGAUUGGGGGGAGGAGGGUGAGAACGAUGCAGAAACGGGGGAGGGAGGAGGGGGGACGGGAAGUGCCGGGGAGGGAGGGGAGGAGGGGUUGGAGGAGAGUGGGACGGUGGGUGGGGGGAGGGGUGGGAGGAGGAAGAAGCUGGAGCGAGUGAUGACUGUAGAGUCUGGGGAGGCGAGGAGGAGGGCGGAGAGGGAGGAGGACAGUGAGGUGGAGAAGAAGGCUCACAGAGAGAGACAGCGCCUGGUGCGGCUGAUGACUGUGGAGAGCGGUGGAAAGGGAUGGGAAGGCGGAGAGAGAGAGGAGGAGGACGAGGAGGAGUGGGGGGAGGAGGAGGAGGACGAAGUGGAGGAGGAAGAGGAGGAGGAGGGUGAGGAGGAGGAAGAGGAGGAGAGGAGGACAGUGGGGCGGCAGGGAAAGAAGCUUGUACGUCUGAUGACAGAGGAGGCAGGGCGAGCAGGGGGGAAGGCGCUGGGUGGCGGGAAGAAACUGGUGAGGCUGAUGACUGAAGAGGCGGGGCGGGCAAAGGGGAGGGGGGGAGGGGAAUUGGAGGAAGGAGAAGAGGAGGGAGAUGAGGGCGAGGAGCAGGUAAGGAACAAGAACACCGGUAGUGGCAGGAAGAAGCUGGUGCGUCUGAUGACAGAGGAGGCAGGGCGAGCAAUGGGGAGGAAGGGAGGUGGGGAAGUGGAUGAAAGUGGGGAGGAGGGAGAGGAGGGCGAGGAGAGCGAGUUGCAGGUGAAGAGCGAGGGGAGGGGCAGUGGCAGGAAGAAGCUGGUACGUCUGAUGACAGAGGAGGCAGGGCGAGCAGGGGGGAUGGAGCGAGGUAGCGGAAAGAAACUGGUUAGGCUGAUGACUGAAGAUGCGGGGCGAGCAGCAGAGAGAGGGGGAGGUGGGGGGUGGGAGGAAGAGGAAGAGGAGGUGGAGGAGGAUGAGGAGGAAGAGGAGCAGGUAAGGAGCGAGGUGGGCAGGAGUGGGAGGAAGAAACUGGUGCGUUUGAUGACAGAGGAGGCAGGACAAGCAAGUAGGAAGGGAGCAGGUGGGGGGAAGAAGCUUGUUCGACUGAUGACUGAAGAAGUGGGGCAAACAGAGGGGAAGGGGGCAGGGGGGAGGAAGAAGUUGGUUCGAUUGAUGACUGAAGAGGUGGGGCAGGCAGGGGGGAAGGGGCCAGGUGGGGGUAAGAAGCUGGUUAGACUUAUGACCGAAGAGAAUGAGGCCUUGGGUACCAUGGGAGAGGACGAGGAGUGGGACGAUGAAGAAAUGGUUACGCUGUGGGAGGGGGAGGAUGAGAGCGAGGAGGAGGAGGAGGAGGAGGAUGAGGAGAGUGGAGAGGAAGGGGACGAAGACAGGCGCAUGGGAGGCCCGAGAGGGUCCUCUUUGAAGCUGCGACGCUCCAUGACUGUAGACGACGAUGAUAACCCGUUAGGCCCGUGCCCUUAUAACGAGUACGACAUGCGUGCUGGCACCGGGGGUAGCAAGGCGGCGAAAGGCGAUGGGGAUGGGGCAGGAGAGGGUGGGGGCCGUUGGGGCAUGGAGCGCAAGGCGUCUCUGAAGCUGGCUCGCAGCCUCACUGAGGACUCGGGGUCGGAUGAGGAACUGCCAGGGUACGAGGGGGAGGGGGACGAGGAGGAGGGGGGCGGGGGGGAGAGUGAGGAGGAGGAUUCGGAGGAGGAGCAGUAUGGGGAUGAGGAGGAGGACGACGACGACGAUGCUUUCUAUCGCGGGCUCGAACAUCACAACGAUGCGCUGCACAAGUGUGCGCAUGCCACACAUCCGCAGGUCCCUCUGUGCGGGCAGGCCAUGCUGUUCCACCCGCUGCCUCACCUGCUGCCGCUCCAAAACCUCCCUUCCCCUUCCCCCUUCCCCCUUCCCCCGCCUCCCCCACAGGAUCAUCACAACGACGCACUUCAAAUCGUGUGCGCGUACCACACCUCUGCAGUCCCUCCGUGCGGCCAGGCCAUGCUCUUCCACCCGCUGCCGCACCUGCUGCCGCUCGGCUUCUCCCGCAGCGAGCUGGAUAUUGACGAGCGCUGCUUCCCCGCCCACGCUGACGACUUGCUCCUCAGAGAGCUCAUGCAUGCUGAGGAGGCCGCUGGGGUCGCGUGCUUCGCCGUUGCUGCUGCGUGUCGUGCUCUCAGCCUCGAUAAUGAGGCUGCUUCUCCCAUGCACGCCGAGGAGGCUGCUUCUCCCAUGCACGCCGAGGAGGCUGCUUCUCCCAUGCACGCCGAGGAGGCUGCUUCUCCGAUGCACGCCGAGGAGGCUGCUUCUCCCAUGCACGCCGAGGAGGCUGCUUCUCCCAUGCACGCCGAGGAGGCUGCUUCUCCCAUGCACGCCGAGGAGGCUGCUUCUCCCAUGCACGCCGAGGAGGCUGCUUCUCCCAUGCACGCCGAGGAGGCUGCUUCUCCCAUGCACGCCGAGGAGGCUGCUUCUCCCAUGCACGCCGAGGAGGCUGCUUCUCCCAUGCACGCCGAGGAGGCUGCUUCUCCCAUGCACGCCGAGGAGGCUGCUGGGGUGGCUUGUUUUGCUGUUGCUGCUGCUUGCCGCUCUCUCAGCCUUGACAAUAUCCUCACAGUGCUAGCAGCAGUGCUGUUGGAGCGACAGAUUAUCCUCACGGUGCUGGCAGCGGUGCUGUUGGAGCGCCAGAUCGUCUUCGUCUGCCCCAACCUGGUGCGUGCAUGCCAUUGCGGCAGCGCCGUUGCUUCCCUCGUCCUGCUCAUGCUGUUGCUGCGCCCCUGCUGCUGCCGCAUCACUCCCGAGCCACUGCUGCUGCCGCUAAACCCAUCCGUCAGCUUUCAGUUCACUGCACCUUUCAAACCACCCAACCCCUUCCCUUGCCCAACUCUUCCCCCCUUGUCCCCAACCCCUCCAUUCCUCCCUUCUUCUCCUCAUCCUCCCUCCCCCAACCCCUCAUCUCCCUCCCCUCCCUCUCCCCCUUUUGCCUGUGCGUCGGUGCAGAGUGUGCUGUCAGCGGUGGUGCUGUCGCUCAUCCCCAUGAUCCGCCCCUUCUCCUGGCAGUCCGUGCUGCUGCCGGUCCGAGACAAGCCACCAUCUCAUUGCUGCCGUGCUGCUUCUUACUCAAUGCCCAUCCCUAUGAUCUUCCGUCCACCCCUCUCGACCUCCAUCCCUAUUCUCCCACCCCAACCCCCUCCGCCACAGAUUCUACCCAGCCAGCUCCUCACAUUCCUCGAUGCGCCCGUGCCUUUCCUUCAGCCUUUCCCUACUCUUCCCUCUUUCUCUCCCUUUUCCCCUCCCUCCCAUCACCCCACUCCCCUCCCCCUUCCCCUCCCCCUCCCCUCUUCGUCCCCCUCCCUAUCACCCUCCCCCUCCCUCUCCCCCCGUGGUGCCAUGCAGGUGGGCAUGCAGUACAAGACAGUGGAGCUCAAGGACCGAGCCAGCAACCUCAUCCGAGUGAACAUUCCCAAGGACAAGGUGAAGGUGCCCACGUACCUGCCGCGCCUACCAGACGAGGUGGACCUGUACAGCCGCCUCGAGCCCUUCCACUCUGCGCUUGCGUCCGUGCCGCACGCUGAAAAGCGCCCCAUGUACCGCACCACUGAGGACCAGGUGGCAGCAGCGGAUGGCUUCCUGCUGACGCUGAGGAGCUACAUCGACACCUUCUGCACCGACGUGCGCAUUCACACCAUCACCAGCGUCAAUCAGGGCGGCCAGCGGGCCGCUUCUAAGCCCGGCGGCGUUCUCAAGGGAGUGGAAGACGUCGCACCGCACCGCCUCUCCUCCACGUUGCCGCAGCGCGUGCCGGAGCUGGUGGACCUGCGGGAGACGAUGGAGGAGGUGGUGCCGGAGCAGCGCGCGCGACUCGCGGCGAUUAAAGCCAAGUACGGCGACAUGGUUCUGGGCGACGUGACCGUUAACAUGGUACCACCCGCUCCAAUUGUCAUCCCUGCAUUGUCACUUACCCCCCUCGCCACCUUUCCGCCCGUCUUCGUCCCUCCUCUGCUCCAUCACUACUUGCUCUCAUCUUUCCCCUCCUCCGUCUUUCCCCUUUCUCCCUCUUUUCCUCCUCUCCCCCCUUUCCCCCACGCUUUUUCCACCAUUUCGCCUCCUCGCCUCUCCCGCUCUUCCCUCCACCGGUGCGCCGUGCGCCAGGGCAUAAAGUUCCGCGGGCUGUCCAUCCCCGAGUGCCAGGCGCAGCUGCCCUCCGCGCUCGACGGCGGCCAGCCGCUGCCCGAGGCGCUGCUCUGGCUGCUGCUCACGGGGGAGGUACCCACGGAGGAGCAGGCGGUGUCGCUGGCUGUGGAGCUUCAGGACAGAGCGAGACUUCCAGACGCGGUGUGUCAGGUGAUAUGGUCCCUCCCACCAUCGCUGCACCCAAUGACUCAACUCUCCAUAGCCGUGCUCGCCCUGCAGCGCACCUCCAAGUUCGCAGCCGCGUACCACCGCGGCACGCACAAGCGGGACCUCUGGCGCUACGCACUAGACGACAGCCUAGAUCUGAUCGCCGCCCUGCCGGAGAUCGCCGCCCGGAUCUACAACCGCAGCUGCAAGGAGGGCGGCGCGCGGCCGGGCGUGCGGACGGCACGGGAGGAUCUGGACUAUGCGGGGAACCUGGCGCACAUGAUGGGAUUCGAUGAUGAGAGGAUGGACGAGCUGCUACGGCUGUACCUCACCAUCCACGCGGACCACGAGGGCGGCAACGUGAGCGCGCAUGCCACCCACCUGGUGGGGUCGGCGUUGUCCGACCCGUUCCUCGCCCUCUCUGCCGGCCUCAAUGGGCUUGCCGGCCCGCUGCACGGGCUGGCCAAUCAGGAGGUGCUGGGGUGGCUACACGCGCUGAGAGCGGAGCUCAGGGAGAGGCCCAGCAAGGAGCACCUGGGGGAGCACGUGAGGGGGGGACUGGCAGCGGGAAGGGUGGUGCCGGGGUAUGGACAUGCGGUGUUGCACCCAGUCUCCCACCCCCACUGCACCAUUGCUGAUGUGCCUUCCUGUUACUCCCCUGCCCUCCCCUCCCCUCCCCUUCCCCAGGAGGUGCUGGGGUGGCUGCACUCGCUGAGGGCGGAAUUGGGGGAGCGACCAAGCAAGGAGCACCUGGGGGAGCACGUGAGGCGGGGGCUGGCAGCGGGAAGGGUGGUGCCGGGGUAUGGGCAUGCUGUGCUGCGCGUGACUGACCCGCGCUACUCGUGUCAACGGGAGUUCGCACGGCAGCACAUGCCGCACGACCCCAUGGUGCAGCUGGUAUCAGACCUGUAUGAGGUGGUGCCGCCCAUUCUGAAGGAGACUGGCAAGGUGCAGAACCCGUGGCCCAACGUGGAUGCUCACAGCGGCGUGUUGCUGCAGCACCUCGGGUUAACCAAUGCCAACUUCUACACGGUGUUGUUCGGCGUCUCUCGAGCCAUGGGCGUGCUCUCUCAGCUGGUGUGGGACCGGGCCUUGGGAUUGCCGUUGGAGCGCCCCAAGAGCAUCACCAUGGACUGGAUUCAGCAACAUGCAGCAGACACGGGUUUUAAGGGCGAAGCUCACACGCACACACAUGCCGCCAAGACGGCAGCAUGA